AUGUAACUAGCACAGGUGUGCUCAUCGUAGAUAGUACACGAUGAUGCUGCUCCGCAUUUCAUUCUUAUUGAGCUUGUUUUGCCUAUUGUUAACCGUCAAUGGCUACCCACAACGUGGCAUAGAUUUGGAUCGUCCCGACAGAGUUAUCAAACGAGAUGGAACCAUAAUUAAGAUUUACCGCAAACCUAAGGAUUCUCCUACUCCAGCGCCCGACCCUCAAUCCGUCUCAAAUUCCGAAUCUGAAGAUUCCGGCCCCGAAGUGAAUCCCGGAACUGGUGCCAAUUCCGGUGUAGAUUCUGGCCCCGAAGAAAAUCCUCCACAUGGGCCGAAUUCCGGCGAAGAUUCCAAUGAAGAUUCUGACUCGGAAGGAAAUCCUGGAGCUGGUCCGAAUUCGGCUCAAAAUUCCGGUGAAAAUUCUGGGCCCGAACUGAAUCCUGGACUUGGCUCCAAUUCCGGCGAAGAUUCUGACGAAGAUUCUGGCCCCGAAGUGAAUCCCGGACCCGGCCUCAAUUUUGGUGAGGGACCCGAUGAAGAUUCUGGUCCAGAGGAAAAUUCCGGGCCUGGCCCCACUUCUGGUGAGGCGUCCGGUGACGAUUCUGUCCCAGAGGAAAAUCCCGGACUUCCGCAUUCUGGUGAAGACUCCGGGGAAGGUUCUGGCCCCCAUAUGAACCCUGGAUCUGGUCCGAAUUCCGGUGAAGAUUCUGGCCCUGAAGUGAAUCCUGGACCUAGCUCCAAUUCUGGUGAGGGAUUCGGUGAAGCUUCUAGCCCAGAGGAAAAACCUGGACCUGGCCCCAAUUCUGGUGAGGGUUCCGGUGAAGAUUCUGGCCCAGAGAAAAAUCCCGGACUUCCGGAGUCUAGUGAAGGUUCCGGGGAAAGUUCUGGCCCCGAAGUAAACCCUGGAUCUGGUCCGAAUUCUGGUGGGAGUUUCGGUGAAUAUUCUGACCCUGAAGUGAAUCCUGGACCUAGCCCCAAUUCGGGUGAGGGGUCUGGUGAAGUUUCUGGCCCAGAGGAAAAUCCCGGACUUCCGGAUUCUGGUGAAGGUUCCGGGGAAAGUUCUGGCCCCGAAGUGAACCCUGGAUCUGAUCCGAAUUCUGGUGGGAAUUCCGGUGAAGAUUCUGGUCCCGAAGUGAAACCUGGACCUGGACUCAAUUCUGGUGAGAGAUCCGGUGAAGAUUCUGGCCCAGAGAAAAAUCCCGGACUUCCGGAUUCUGGUGAAAGUUCCGGGGAAGGUUCUGGCCCCGAAGUGAAUCUUGGAUCUGGCCCGAAUUCUGGCGGGAAUUUCGGUGAAGAUUCUGGUUCCGAAGUGAAUCCUGAACCUGGCCCCAAUUCUGGUGAGGGGUCUGGUGAAGUUUCUGGCCCAGAGGAAAAUUCCGGACUUCCGGAUUCUGGUGAAGGUUCCGGGGAAAGUUCUGGCCCCGAAGUGAACCCUGGAUCUGAUCCGAAUUCUGGUGGGAAUUCCGGUGAAGAUUCUGGUCCCGAAGUGAAACCUGGACCUGGACUCAAUUCUGGUGAGAGAUCCGGUGAAGAUUCUGGCCCAGAGAAAAAUCCCGGACUUCCGGAUUCUGGUGAAAGUUCCGGGGAAGGUUCUGGCCCCGAAGUGAAUCUUGGAUCUGGCCCGAAUUCUGGCGGGAAUUUCGGUGAAGAUUCUGGUUCCGAAGUGAAUCCUGAACCUGGCCCCAAUUCUGGUGAGGGGUCUGGUGAAGUUUCUGGCCCAGAGGAAAAUUCCGGACUUCCGGAUUCUGGUGAAGGUUCCGGGGAAGGUUCUGGCCCCGAAGUGAACCCUGGAUCUGAUCCGAAUUCUGGUGGGAAUUCCGGUGAAGAUUCUGGCCCCGAAGUGAAACCUGGACCUGGCCUCAAUUCUGAUGAGGGAUCCGGUGAAGAUUCUGGCCCAGAGGAAAAUCCCGGACCUGGCCCCAAUUCUGGUGAGAGUUCCGGUGAAGAUUCUGGCCCAGAGGAAAAUCCCGGACGUCCGGAUUCUGGUGAAGGUUCCGGGGAAGGUUCUGGCCCCGAAGUGAAUCCCGGAGCUGGUUCGGAUUCUGGUGGGAAUUCCGGUGAAGAUUCUGGCUCCGAAGUGAAUUCCGGAUCUGGCCCCAAUUCUAGUGAGGGUUCCGGUGACGAUUCUGGCGCAGAGGAAAAUCCCGGACCUCCGAUUUCUGGCGAAGGUUCCGGUGAAGAUUCUGGCCCCGAAGUGAAUCCUGGACCUGGUCCAAAUUCUAGUGAGGAUUAUGAAGAAGAUUCGGGCUCUGAAGUGACUCCUUCCCCCUGUUGGAAUCUUCGUGGGGGUUCACUUCCUCCAAUUCUUCGUAGACUUGGUCCUGGUACUCGCUGGGGUUUCAUUCCGGGAUGGAUUGUAUGGGUACCCAACGUGUGAAUGGAGGCUGCCUUCCAGUGACAUAAAUCAGAUAUUUGAACGAUGGAAACCAUUAUACACCUGUGGUAGAUGGAACUCGAUACUACCCAUAAUUUACGAGUCCUCAUCGAAUUUUCAUAAUGGGAUGGAAUUGACGAUGUAAUAUACUGAAUUAGUUAGGGAACAAUCUAGUUAUGAAGUGAAGUGAAUAUUAACCGAGCAUACACAAUAAAUAUUUAACGAACAUCAAAUGUUCCGUUUUGCCUUAA